GUGGGGUAGAAGAAAAAUACCAGACAUAAUAUUAGUCUUAAAUGCCACUCAGCACUUGGAAUAACAACAGCCAAUAGGAAAAAGCAGCUGCAAACCCGCACAAAACUUCUCAAUUAGAAAUUGCUUUGUAUGUCAUUUUCUUUCAUAUUUCUAAUAAUUACAUUCAACUUUGUUACCACUCUUUAUAGCUGUUUGUUUUGUUGCUGCUGUAGAGAGCUCCUAUUUUUUCGUACAUAUAUUACGCUUAACUUUUAUGGCAUACUAACUUGUAGUAAGAAGAUCCCGAAUGUCAUCAUCUUCUAAUUACCACUUGCCAACUAUUGCAGCUGUUGCAGGGAUUGCCUUGGCUGCUUCAGGUUACGUACUUUCUACGUCCAAUAACAGUACUAACGCUUAUGAAUUGAAGAAACGGAGAAGAAGAAUCAAAUCCAAAAUACAAAAAGAACGAGACGGCCAAUAUAUACUUGGUCUAACCAAUUCAGAAAACUACUGUUUCUUAAACUCGAUUUUACAGGCAUUUGCGACUUUACCCAGCUUACGUUCUUAUCUGGCAGAACGCGUUGACGAACAAGGUGAUGAAUCAACACCUACGGUGCCCCAGAAUGAAUUCAUAUUGCAAUCCGUUGCUUGUGCUUUAUAUGCCACCAUAGAAAUGUUAAACAGACCUUUGCCGAAAGCUAAGUCUAUUACUCCUGACGAUUUCUCAAGAGCUUUAGAAAGAAAAUUUGGAGCAAAAAUAAACCCUGACCAACAAGACGCCCAUGAACUUUUUCAGAUCAUAUCCAGUGUAUUAACAUCCGAGGAAGAAGUUCAAUAUAAAGAAAAUGCGCCUUCUCUGCUAGACUCGACUGUUUUACGAAAUUUGACGAUGAAUGAUAAUUAUAACGGUGGACCAACAGCAUCAGGAACGACAACAACAACAACAGACGUCAACAGUGAUCAAUUUGAAACCUCAUCUGUUUCCUCUUUUGGGACAACAGCAUCUAUGUGGAGUUCAUUUUCUGUGUGUACAGUAGGUGGGCAUCUACGCCCUCGGAGACGUACACCUAGGAAUCCGUUCACAGGUCUCGCAGCGUCUAAGAUCAGUUGUAUGAAUUGUGGUUAUACAGCACCUAUUCGACACCAUACGUUUGAUAAUAUAUCCUUGAAUUUACCAUCACAACAAAUACCCACCAAGUGUGCAUUGGAAAGCUUAUUGAAGAAUUACACAAAGGUUGAUGUUUUGACAGACUAUCAAUGUAAAAAAUGCUCCCUUAUGGCUACAUUGAAUGCGACAGAAAAAGAAUUGAGUUCUCUGAUAGAGGAGCAUGGGUUUUCUACAACGGAUGAGCGAGUCGCACAAUUAACUUUCAAUAUAAGAAGAUUGAAGGAUGCCUUAAAUUCAAAUGUAGAAGCUAGCAUGCCUGGGAUCCAGUUGGUAACACCCCCUUCACCUUCACGUACGACGAAGCAAACCAUGUUUGCCAAUCCACCCAAAGCAUUAUGCCUGCAUAUUUCCCGCUCUAUUUACCACCCAUCAGGCAUGAUCAUGAAGAAUCAUUGUCCAGUAGAGUUCCCUGAAUACCUUGAUUUAGCUCCAUUUACCACGAAUGGUUAUUUGAAUACGACUGAGCCAACUGUGUCACUCAGCUCUCCGACGCCAUCAGCAUCUGGUACUUCCUUACCGCAGACGAUACGUACAAGCCGAACCAGUCUAGUCUAUUUACGUAAUAUGGCCAAUGGAUAUCGGUUCUACCAUCAUCCUUCAAUAAGUGGUCAUAACAAUAUGGGGUUGAAGGGAAUAGCGCUUAUGAAGCAGCUGAAUAAGAACAACAACGGCAAGCAUCAUCCAGCCAAUGGUGUUGAUGAUGAUAGAAUCAUCCAGAGUGCUCUACCUUCACUUUCUGUCUUGCCAAUGAACCGUUCCAUACAGUAUAGAUUAUGUGCAGUGAUUGUUCAUUAUGGAAAUCAUCAUUCCGGGCACUUUGUUACUUACAGAAGAAAAAAGUUACCAACAGGGCACGAAGUUAGAAGCCCUUUCAUGAGCUCAACGCCCAAAAAAGAGGAACCUGUCAAAUUCUGGCGCUGUAGUGAUGAAGUGAUUGAGGAAGUUGAUUUGGAUACAGUAUUAAAGAGCGAAGCUUAUAUGUUGUUUUAUGAACGAAAUUAAAAAGAGCCAUAUCAUUAUGUAAAUGACUAAAAAAGAAUGGUCCCCCCGCUGCGGUUUAUAAUUUGAUUUAUUUUUUCCCUUUUUAUUUUUGGGUGAGUUUAAGGAUUUCUAUUGAUCAUCGUUUGCCAUUAAUACUA